AUGGAGGACUACUUCUGUGAAAGACCACUUUAUCCCCUAGUGGACUUUUGUAGGCGGUUCCGUAUGAGAAAAGAGCUUUUCUAUUGCAUCUUGAAUGAUGUUGUUGCAUAUGAGCCAUACUUUAACCAGAAGAUAGACGCUUGUGAACGACAAAGUUUAUUCCCAGAGCAGAAGCUAACAGCAGUUUUUCAAAUGCUCGCAUAUGGAUACUGGGCAGACUCCACCGACGAGUACUGUAGAUUGGUGUAUGGCCAGUGGUACCUCUAUUCCCCAAAUCCGGCUGACCUUUACAAGCUCUUGCACAAGGCUAGUCGCAGAGGAUUCCCAGUCAAUGGAGUGUCUCCCCAUAUCCAAUAUGUUGUCAAUGGAAAUGAAUACAAUCUGGGUUAUUACUUGGCUGAUGGUAUCUACCAUCGUUGGGCUACAUUGGUUAAGAUGAUUUCCCAACUGAAUACUCCCAAAAAAAAGGACUAUUUGCCCAAAAUCAAGAGGCUUAUAGGAAGAAUGUCGAAAGAGCCUUCGGAAGACUUCAGGCUUAAUGAGCAAUUGUUAGGGGACCUGCACGUAUGUGGCAUAAAGAACAACUUCAUUCAAUCAUGA